CCGGAAAUUAUUUGAAGCUGGAGGUAAACCCUGCCGGGAGAUGCUGCUGUCAUAAUCAAGCAGAUGAAAAUACGGAAUAAGCUCACUGAAACGGCCCUUACAGGGAAAGUAUUCAGUCUGAACUAGUAUGGAUGUCGAUGACUGCAAUGGACGGUCUUACAUAUCAGCAGGUAGUGGAGACUCUUCAUUGGAAAGAGAGUUUUCUGGAGCUCUUGGAGGUCCAACAGUGAGCACCCCAAAUAGCAAGGAAAACUCUCCCAGUCGCUCCCUCAGUGCCAACUCCAUUAAAGUGGAGUUGUAUAGUGAUGAAGACCCAGGUCGGAGUACUGAAGAUGAGCGAGGAGAGCGGGUAGAGGAAGGAGGUCCAGAGCAAGGUUCUGAGGCUGUCACAAGCUAUAGAGAGCUCACCAAUUCUGAAACCAUGCCAAGUGGAGCCACCAGACUGCCAAAUGGAAAGCUCAAGUGUGACAUCUGUGGAAUGAUCUGCAUUGGGCCUAAUGUGCUUAUGGUGCACAAACGCAGCCACACAGGUGAGCGACCAUUUCAGUGUAAUCAGUGUGGCGCGUCCUUCACUCAAAAGGGAAACCUACUCCGCCACAUCAAGCUGCACUCAGGGGAGAAGCCCUUUAAAUGUCCCUUCUGUAGCUAUGCCUGUCGAAGACGGGAUGCACUUACCGGCCAUCUUCGCACUCAUGCAGUGUCUUCUCCAACUGUUGGGAAGCCGUAUAAGUGCAGCUAUUGUGGCCGUAGUUACAAGCAGCAAAGCACUCUGGAGGAGCACCGUGAGCGCUGUCAUAGCUACUUACAGAGUCUGGAUUCACAGCAGCCGACCAGUGCACCAAAUUCAGGAGAGGAAAUGAGAGAGCUAGAGUUUAUACCAGAUCCUCUACUGCAGCCAUCCUCAGACAAGAUGGCAUUUAUCGAUCGGCUCGCCAACAGCAUCACCAAACGCAAGAGAUCCACGCCACAAAAAUUUGUAGGGCAGAAGCACCUACGCCUCAACCUUGCAGAUACACCUUACGAGCUCACUGCUAGUUUGGAUAAAGAUGGAGACAUGCACCCAGUGGACCUUGAUGCCCCGCACUUUACUGGUCUGGGAGGAGAAUAUGUAGGUGUUGCAGGUACUGGAAGAGGAGGGGUAUCAGACACGCUCAGACCCUUGCACCUUCCCACCAGUCACUCUUCUAGUUUAUCAGAACUCAGGCCGAUUCACAGCUCCAGUUAUGCUCCUGUUCCCCUUGGGCCGAGGUUAGAUUGCACAGGGGCAGGAGCUGGCUUGGGAGCUGUGGGUGUUGGGAGCAGGGAGGCAGCAGAGGGUCACGAAGACCUGCCUCCGGGUCGAAAUCACGCCCCUUCUCCUAGCAAUGGCUGCCAGGAUUCUACGGACACAGAAAGCAUGGCAGAUGAGCCUUACAACAGCUGUGCUCCGACUCCGACUUUGCACAGUAACAAUGGCCAUCACCUCCUCCACUCUAACAACCAUAACCCAGCACCUCCACCCAUCGCACACCACAGGAGUCGGGGCCGACACAGCCCCAGUCAUGCCAAAGACCGGGAGGUGGAAAGAGAGGAUGGAGGCCAUUCUGCUCUCCCUCCUCCCACACAUGCUCCAACACCAAGCUCACCUACGGCACCCUCUUCUACCUCCAGGGAGACUUUUCGGGUUGUAGAUGGGGAGGGGCGAGCUGUGCGUUCUUUUCGCUGCGAGCACUGCCGCGUGCUUUUCCUGGACCAUGUUAUGUUUACAAUCCACAUGGGCUGCCAUGGUUUUCGGCAGCCUUUUGAGUGCAACAUCUGUGGCCAUCGCAACCAGGAUCGCUAUGAAUUUUCUUCGCACAUUGUCCGUGGAGAGCACAUCUUUGACUGAGAAUAGAAGGACAGCCUGCUGCCCUUAGAGGGUUUUUUUUUUUUUUUUACACUGAGAAUGGGAACUGGUUGAGUUUGGUCUGCACAAAAGCGAAAGGCAUCUGUGAUGGUGUGAAACUGAUGUUCCUAACAACACCGACACAGUUGGCAUUAGUGGAAAGCUCGUGUAUAUGUUUAAAGAAUUAGAGUAGUGCUCAUUAUUGCUUUCUGUCCACUUUUAACAACAAAUCUAUAUUAAAUUAUUAAAGUAGAUGAAGAGCCAACACUUUUUCAUCCACAGAUGUGCCUUGCUCUAAAAUUGCAAAUUUUAGCUCUGCUGCACACAUUAUUGUAGACAAAUCUGACUUUUGUUGCUGAAAUCUUUCACCCCUUGCACACUUUAGCAGAGAUGAAAGAAAAUGCUAAAUAUAAAGUUUGUAGGUUUGCAAUCCCUACAGAAUUUUUUGACACCUUCUAAAAGCACUUUUUCCAAUUAAAUGAUUCUCAAACAGACUUUAGGUUCGGCCAGGUUUUUUCCUAGCCCGGGGUUGAUUCUGUACAAGUUUUAUAAUGCAAAGUAAAGUGCAGACCAAACUUAAAAACCAAGUCCAAGUCAUCUAGACUUUAAUGUUUGAGGGGUUGUCAUUGGAAUAGAAAUGCACUUUGGUUUCAGUGGGAAUGGAGUGAAGAGUGUGUGUGUGUGUGUGUGUGUGUGUGUGUGUGUGUGUGUGUGUGUGUGUGUGUGUGUGUGUGAGAAAGAAAGGAAAGCUGCGAGAUUGUGUAUGAUUGUUUUUGAAAGUAAAUUCAAAACGUAAAAUGGAAAAUGAAGGCCUUUAUUCCUGUGAGUGAAUGCCGUGUUGGAAGUGUAUGAAUUGUUUUCCUUUUCUAUGACUGCUUUUGUUGCACUGAUACCUGCCAGAAUACAAUGACUAUAUUAAACUAUUUUAUAGAAUACAUUAAUGACCUGCACAUUUCUCUGAAAAUGUGAGGAAAAACAGGUGGAAUGUUUUUCUCACUAGGAACAGGAUUCGAGCAUCACUGCCACAACUUGAGAGAUUACCGAAGGAGGUUAAGGUGUUUUUUCUCCCCGUACAAAAACUCCCUCAUACUGCAAACCAACAAUAAUAAUCAACAAAUCUGCUUAUGCUGUAUUGAUUUUGGUAUUGCGUCAUUGUCCCGUGCCUUUCUACACGUUUCUGACCAGACUGAAGGAUGUGAGAUAUAAACUCAUUUCUGUCUUGUAGUUUGACUGUAGCUUUUUAAUCUAUCUAACAGAAGUCUGGCUCCCCCCACCACCCCCAACAGUUUUAUCAGCAAAGAUCAAUUCAGAUGCCUGAGCAAUGUUGAUGAUGAUGAAAUGUGCAUGGCUUUUGAAACAUGCUGCUAUGACAUGGGUGUGCAGUAAAUCAGUAGCACUUCACUACCGUCCUCAUGGGUUAGAAACAAAGACUUUUAUUUACAUUUUUUUCCUGUUAGGACAUUUUAAACCAGUCGCUUGAGUUACAAUAGAACGAAAUCGGAGUCUUUCAUGUCGCUUGGGAUUUAUAUAAAAAAAAAAAGAAAAAGAAAAAAAUAUCCUGUCUUGGUCAUUUGUGUGGAAAUGAAAUGUGAAGAGAAAUGUGUCAGCUUUUGGUUCUAUUUAUUUUCAUGUUAAAACAGCGGAGAUGGUUGUAAUCAGUCUCCGUGAGUAAUUAGUUUAACACAAGCACAAUACGUUUAUUGUUGAGAAAGAUGCUUUGAAAUUUCUAAAUUGCAGACUUGUGCACAAAAAUUAAAACUUAAUUGAUGUUGAUUGUAGCUAGGGUUUCUUUUCACAUCCUCAACAACAACAAAGAUCAAUCUGGGACACGGUGACAGAUUUACCAAAGAUACACAGAGAUUUGAAGAGAAGACUGGAAAAACAGUGACUCUAGUCAAAUUCAUCAACUAACUUGAUCCCAUUAGUUUUAGUUUUAGUUUUGUUUUUUUAGUUCAGACAGUGUCUUAUUGAGUAAAGUUUCCCUUGUAGUUAUAACUGGUAUUUCCUAUUUUCAUAAUAGAUGCCCAAGAAAUAUUACUUCCUGUAAAACCUUCACAGUCAGAUCUAA